AUGGCUACAGGUGCCAGCGGGAUCCCCAGUGUCAUGCGCGCUGGUAGACGCGUUGGCGGUGCUGGGACGGGGGGAGUGGAGGAUUAUGAGUGCGCGCUGGUAGACGCGUUGGCGGUGCUAGGACGGGGGGAGUAUGGAUGGCGCGACGCGGAGAGCUACCCACCAAUAUUGUCACGGAUCAUCAAGGUGGCACGGUUAUGCCACACGGUGCUCAACGACCAGGUCAACUUCCGGCCCCAGAUGCAACAGCUAGGCAGGCUGAUGGCGGUCAAGACACAGAUGGUGCUGCUGACGGCCACAUUGCCACCAGAUGAGGAGGAGAAGCUGUGGUCCCACAUGCACUGCACCCGAGCGGACAUAUCAUUGUUCCGGGCGCGGACAUGCGGUCCAAAUAUGGCAUACCGAGUGUGGCAACCCAUCAUUGAAGGGUCAGAGUACGAUGGGCUCAACCGAUGGUUUCAAGCACCCAGCGUGGUCAGGUUCAUCCAGGACCGCAUGAGAUGGACGGGAGAAGGGAAGGGGGUGGUGUACUGCCAGACAGUGAAUCAGGUCACGAUGAUGGCAAGCACAUUGAGAUGCGGGGCAUAUCACCACCACCAGAUCAACAAGGCCGGCAUACUGGAGUGUUUCCAGCAAGGUCAACACCAGGUCAUCGUGGCGACAAGUGCACUGGGCAUGGGAAUCGACAUCCCCAACAUCUGCAGCAUCAUCCACGUCGGACGGCCGCGAUCAUUGCUGGAUUAUGGACAGGAGAGCGGGCGUGCAGGUGCAGCAAUGAUAUGGUCAAGAAAGGAUGCACCAUCACUGCUGGACCAGAAGCUGGUUGAUCGGUACAUGCAGGCAGGGGGUGAGGAGGGUGAUGAACCGAUGGCUCGAUGUCGACGGGUGGUGCUGGACCGGUACCUGGACGGGGAAGUGGAGGGUUACAUGAGACGGCACUGCGGUGAUCGACACACAGGGGAGUCCCAGUGUGACGGGUGCGAUGCCGAGUGGGAGGCCAGGGAGGCCGUGUUCACCCCCAGCCCAGGUGGCACGCCCACGCCCACACCCAGUCCAGGCUACAGUUCAAGAGCAACAGCCAAGGAUGACUCCAGCGAGGAUGAAACCAGCCAGGAGUCAGAGAUGGAGAGCCAGCAGGGUGAAACCCACAUCAGAUUCAACGGCACAUGCAGUCCCAGAAUGGCCAGAAGUGUGAGCAAGAGCACAGACGACAACAUAAAUGAAAGCAUCACCAAGAAUGAAGCUUCAACUUCAGGCGGGAGCAGCCCGGGUCAAUGGAACAAGCAAGAGUCAAGUGAAAUCAGUGAAGACACCAGGGGCAUCCCAUCAACAACCAGACAGACAUUCCACAAGCAGGAUGUCCGUCGAGGCCGGUUCAUCAUCACACACCAGCAGCGAGGGCAGAGGGCAUUGAUGGAUGAGGAGGUUUUAGUGGAAGAGGCGCAGAGGUGGAAGGAUCAGUGUUUGAUAUGUGCAAGUGGCAAGCGGGAGUUUGACCAUGAGCUGUACCAGUGUCCCCACGAGGAGAGCCAGGAGGCAAAGAGAUGGAUGAUGACAGUGCGGAGCAAGAUCAAAUACACACGGUAUUCCGGGUGCUUCCGAUGCGGGAUGCCGCAGUCCAUAUGCAACAGCCGGAAGACACAGAGGCAGUGUCCGUACAGGGGAUUUUUGAUCCCGACAGUGGCAAUGAUGAUGUAUGGGUGUCAUGCAGGGCAGAUGAAGCAGGCGUGGAGACAGCGGCUGAGAGAGUUCAAUGUGGAUGCAGAUGAUCAGGAGGCGGUGAUUGAAUUUUUGAGACAGAAGGUUGAGGGGCAGGGCAUGGAGCACAACCGGCUGGUGGAGAUGGUUUGUUGGCUGCGAGGGAUAUAUCAGGAGGCAGAGAGGGGGAAGAUCGAGUCAGAGGGUACAGAGGUCAAGUGA